UUUAGAUCUAAAGAAAUUUAAACAUUGAUCUAUUUCAUUUCAUGCAAAGAAGAACUUUUUAAGCCUGCGAAUGUUCCCACUUUAUUCUUUCUGCAUUUCUUAAUAAAGUAACCAUCAAACGUCAAGUUACAAGGAUGAACAUGCCACGUAGAGCGAUAUAUUUCACUUUCAGCAACUUCAUAUACGUCUACUGUUUGUUAAUCUUUCUAAAAAGCAGGGUUUACAAUUAGAAAAUGUCGCUUCAGAUUCAUGUUUCUAGGAACGCACUUUGGCGUUAUUUUGUUCUGUCGCUUAUUUUUUUGCAGAUGUACGUUGUCUUUAUUGAGCCCUAUUAUCACGGAACACGUUUCGAAGAACUCCGUCAACUUUUGGGGCCCAGACUUUUGUAUGGUUCAGUUUACUUUCUGGUCAUCGUGCAUGGGUUAGAAGCUUUCCUUGCCUUAAGAAUGUGUCUUGCGAAGAAAUUAUCUUUGGCAAGUACGCUAAGUUGGGUCUUUUCUGCAUGUAUUUUUGGUGGUCCUACAUUGGUGACGCUUAGAAGCAGUGGCGCAAAUAGUAAAGAGCAUGCUCAAUAGACAGUAUAAAUAAUUUCUUUGUGUUUAGGAAAUAAAUAAUGGAUGAAAGAGGCUUUCUACCAUGGCGAAUCUUGUUUUCUUUAUUACCUUAAUAUUCAUCAGAUACGUAAAUAAGCG